AUGACUGACAUAGACCAUCUAAUAAGAGAAGAUCUUCCGCCAGAUAUCAAAGAAAAAUUAAAAUUCCUCGGCAAAUUAGUUCCUGACCCAAGAUUCAAUGCGGCAACUCUGAGCGAUAAAAAAGUCGAAGUUUUAAUGGAUCUUAUAAAAGCUAGUUUUGACGAAUCAUACGGAAAUCUUAUUGAUCAAAUUGUCACCAUUACAAAUAUAUCUCGCUCUACCUUGUAUAAUUAUAGAAAUGCUUACCUGGAAGAUGAAAAAUUCAACCCAAAAACGGCACAGUUACUUGUUAACAGAGCUAUUGAUGACGAAGGAGAGCUCUUGAUAGCCAACUACAUUAUCACAGAAUUUAUUGAAAAAAAGUUUUUUUUUCAAUACACAAAUGUGCCGAGUAAUUGUGGAAAUGUUUAA